UGUCCAAAAAUGCCUGGGCAAGCCACAACUGAGGCGGGGAUAGGGGGAGGGCGUUGUAUCCGGUGCAGCACUGACAGUGGAAAAGAGAGCACAGGCGAGUUGUCAGCGGCUUCAGCUGGAUAAACGUCGGCAGUCCUAUUUUACAUAAUUCAACAGUCAGGGAUAUAUUUUUUUUUACUUUGAUCUGGAAGAUAUGUUCAGGCGAGUUGUGCGAGCGAGCAAAUUCCGUCAUGUCUUCGGCCAGGCGCUGAAGAAUGACCAGUGCUACGACGACAUCAGAGUGUCGAGGGUCACAUGGGACAGCUCGUUCUGCGCCGUCAACCCCAAGUUUGUCGCUAUCAUCAUAGAGGCCAGCGGCGGCGGGGCCUUCCUGGUCCUCCCUCUUCACAAGUCGGGCCGCAUUGACAAGGCCUACCCCACAGUGUGUGGUCACACGGGCCCUGUACUGGACAUCGACUGGUGCCCCCACAAUGACCAGGUCAUCGCCAGCGGCUCGGAGGACUGCACGGUCAUGGUGUGGCAGAUCCCUGAGAACGGGCUGGUUACCGGCUUGUCUGAGCCUGUGGUGGUCCUGGAGGGACACUCCAAAAGGGUUGGCAUCAUCACAUGGCACCCCACGGCACGCAACGUCCUGCUCAGUGCUGGCUGUGACAACCUGGUCAUCAUCUGGAACGUGGGGACGGGCGAGGCCAUGAUCCAGUUGGAGGACAUGCACCCUGACGUCAUCUUCAGCGCCUGCUGGAACCGCAACGGCAGCCUCAUCUGCACCGCCUGCAAGGACAAGACCAUCCGCGUCAUCGACCCCCGCAAGGAAGAGAUUGUAGGGGAGAAGGAGAAGGCACACGAGGGGGCGCGGCCCAUGAGGGCCAUCUUCCUGUCGGACGGGAACGUCUUCACCACAGGCUUCAGCCGUAUGAGUGAGAGACAGCUAGCCCUGUGGAACCCGCAAGCCAUGGAUGAGGCCAUCUCAGUGCAUGAGAUGGACACCAGCAAUGGAGUCCUCUUGCCCUUCUAUGACCCAGACACCAAUGUGGUUUACCUGUGUGGUAAGGGUGACAGCAGCAUUCGCUACUUUGAGAUCACAGACGAAGCCCCAUUUGUCCACUACCUCAGCACCUUCACCACCAAGGAGCCCCAGAGGGGAAUGGGAUACAUGCCCAAGAGAGGCCUGGACGUCAACAAGUGUGAGAUCGCCAGGUUUUAUAAACUGCACGAAAGGAAGUGUGAACCGAUCAUCAUGACUGUGCCAAGAAAGUCUGACCUGUUCCAGGACGACCUGUACCCAGACACGGCAGGACCAGACUGUGCCAUUGAGGCGGAGGAUUGGUUCGAGGGGAGGAACGGCGAGCCCAUCCUCAUUUCCCUGAAGAACGGUUACGUCCCUGGCAAGAACCGCGACCUCAAGGUGGUCAAGAAGAACAUCCUGGACAACAAGCUGAGCAAGAAUGCGGAGAACACGGGCACAGUCAACAAGUCUGCCUCAUCCACUCCAUCCAUAAAAAACGAAGGCAAGCUGGAAGAGAUCUUGAAAGAAAUCAAAUCCCUCAAGGACCUGGUCAGCAGUCAGGAGAAGCGAAUCAUCCAACUCGAGGAGCAGAUGUCCAAGAUCGCCAUUUAAGGACCCUCCACUCGCCCCGCCACAAUUCAGGACGAUCCGUUGGCUGGGAGGUGGGCGGGACACGUCACUGGCAAUCUAGAUGACAGUGUUCCGCCUGAAACCUGCCUAGUAACGAUCCCAAGCAGCAUUCCGAGAUUAACUUUUUUCUUAGCCAGCCCCUAACCCUCAGAUAAAACAGAUGAAAUAUGGCAAACCAUUCCAUUCCUUUUAAUAAGUGGCAGUUUUGUUUGUAUGAAAAUUCUUACAUAUUCCUUUUAAGAUUGUGACCAAGAAAAUUCCAAUGUGAACAGUUCCUAUUUGGGUAAACCAAAAAUGUUUUUAUAUGUAGGUAUCAGUAUUUUGUCUCCCCCAUACCCCAACUUCUUGUCUUGCCAAAUUUUUAAGGGGUUUUGUUUACACACCUCCUUGACAGUAUAUAUUUUUUCUUUUGUUUUCACUUUGUUUUCUGGGAAGAUUCAAAAUCCGAACUAUAAGGGACAAUGCAAUAAGCUGGUAAUGCAAGGAGAGGGAUUUCAACAAUCAAUCAAAUACUGUAAAAGACAUCAAUGAGAAACUGACUGACAGACCAAACACAAUUGAUCCUGAUGUAUCAUAGAGCUUUUAGAUAUCAAAGACAGCAGAAGUACUGAGGUAUACAAGUGGUGACAUGAUUCAUGCUGUAAGUGUUGUGUGAAGGUUCCUUUUUGUCCCCCUGGAACUCAACUCUAACCUCUCCUCUUAGUGGACUACAUCGUAACGGGACCACUGUCUGUACACUUGCUACCAUCUCCUGACCAGAGUUAAUGCAUGCCAUAGAUAUUCUACUCAAGAGAAAUUAUCCACUGUUCAUUCUCUAUCUUUGAUCUCUAGCUUGUCUUACUAAGCAAGCAGCAAACAAAGUCCUUUCAUAUCAUUUGAUACCUUCUAUAACGUGUGUAUGCAUCUAUCACAGUAAACAACUUGAACAACGUU